AUGGCGCUGCCGGACACCGCCCCUGAAAAUACACCGGCUUCAAGAACCGCGGAAAACGACGACGUUGGUGACGCGUUUGCGCGGAGUCCUUCCGAUGCCUUCCAUUCUGUAUCUGAGCAUGGUCGUGGGCAGCGAUCCCAAGAGCUUGGGUCUAUUAGAAGUUCGUCACGAUUCGCUGGUAGCUCUAGUGGUAUUUACUUCCUGAGAACCGUAUGCGACGCCAUUGCAAAGGCGGGAACGUCCGAAAAUCUUACUUCUGCACCAGCAGUAAAUCUUCGGUUUAUUCCUGGUGAGGAUGAGAAAGCUGGCGAUUUUAGUGGAUGCAUUUGGCAUGCGACGGAGGUUACUAGUACAGUGGAUGCGGCAUGGCCCUCUUUUGACGACUUGGUCGCUCUGAUUUCAAGUACUUACAUUCGAGGAUGGCAUUGUCUUCUACCAUUCCUCCAAGCCGAAACUCUACUCCAAACAUUGGAGGAUGUUUGUUCACGAAAGACACUGGAUUACCGGACACCACAGUCGGUAUGCAUUCGUUCUAUUCUGUCUAUAUCGCUACUCGAUAAAAGGCAAAUGCCUGGAGCUGAUGCAAUUAUUACCCCUCUGCCCUCUUGCCUGGUGUUCAGGUCGUUGGAAGAUUGUAGCUCUAGUAUACACCCUCUUCUCGGUGAUAAUGGCCUGAACUCGCUCCAGGGGAUGAUCAGUGCUCAGGUCUUUAUGAUAUCAAUUAUGGAACUUCGGUCGGCUUCUCGACUGGGCGGUUGGAUUGUACGGAUGGCUUUUGAUUUAGGUCUCCACCGCUGCCCCUGUAGAUAUCGCCUCUCGUUCGGAGAAACCGAGAUAUUGAUUCGUCGGCGCAUUUUUUGGACAAUAUACAAUCUCGACAGGUAUCUCUGCCAGGCACUUGGGCUUCCAUUGGGAAUUAGGGACGAAGAUGUUGAUGUCUGUCUUCCAAAUGAUGAGAUUCAUAGACCGCCGGAAGAGAAGGUAGCCGAGGAGGAUGCUGCUCAAGACACCAGAUUGAUCCCAUUGAUAUUACUUUCAAAGUAUUCGGGUAUCAAAGGCCGCUUAAUGGAAAUCAGUAAUAAAUGCAUGCUCCAUCGAACCGCAGAUUCAGAGCAAGCCCUCCGAAAUGUCCACGUUGAUAUCCUAAAGUGGCGAAACGAAGUGCAAGACUUUACUACUGUUGCCUUUGGCGACGAUGAUGACUUAGACGGCCCGAGGAAUUCCUCAACCCUAAACGAGAAGCCCACAGUGAUCACGCCGGCACAUCGACUCAUAUUCCAGAUAAAAUACCACGAAUUGCUACUGUUAAUGCAUCGUCCAGCAUUAUCAGCAAAGACCACAAACGAAACAUACCCAGUCGCAAUUCUCACCUGUCUUUCAUCAGCAAGAGCGAUAAUAUCGUUAACAAAACGGUAUCUUUCUCGCUACAAAUCAGGAGAGGGAAAGGUCGAGUAUCCUAUGCUAUGGCAUGUUAUGCUUUCAACGAUAUGGAUGAGUGGUCUUGUAGUAAUAUUUGCCGCAUUCGAAGGUGGCGUUGCUCUCGACUCUGCUAAUAGGGAUAUUCAGUCAACUUGGUCAAUUCUCGAACAUCUUUCACUCAGACUCCCUGGUAAACCGAAGGCGUGUGAAGUUGCCCUCCGAGCCUUAUUCCAAUUAAUGUGCAGAAAACGAGGGUUUUCCAACACCACAUCCACCUCAGGCGCACUGCUGGGAAAGCGAAAGCGAACCGAUGUAGUUCCAGAGUCCGGUAGGACAGAUAUCGAAAACCGAGCUGCCUCACCCUCAAUGACUGCCAUAGAAUCUGGUGCCCCUAUGCCCUACUCUACACAAUCCAAUGUCGCAAAUACGGCGGGAAACUCUGAAUUUGCCCUAUCUGGCCAGCCUAGAUCCGAAUUUGAAAUAGAUACGAAUCAACCUGUCGCACCUUCUCCGAGUCAAGGGUCCCUGGAUGAAAACCAAGUGCUCUGGCUCCUUGACGUUCCAAAUCUACUCGAUGACCAGUCUUUGAACUUUUUCCCUGGGCAACCUGGUUCGUCAGUUGACUUGAGAGCUACAUCAGAGUUCAACGCAGAUGCACUCUUUAACAGCUUACGAAUGAAUAUGGGGAAUGAAGAAUCAUUCUAUUUCUAUGAUACUGAGCCUGGGCCACCGUUUGUGUAA